AAAUAAUAAUUAAUUAACCCAUCACUUGGUAAUUUUGGUUUCCAUAUGUUGGACUUAUUUUAUUAAACCUAACUUAGAUAUCAUAAUUAUUAUAUUCUAAUUUCCUCCAACACAUAUACAUAAUCAUUUUCAUUUUCAUUCAAUUAAACCAGAAUAAAUAUGAAGCCACCAUCUUUAUCUUCAUCUUCUUACCACCUUUUCAUCUUGUUAGCCUUCAUCCUCUUUGCAAUCUUUCUGUACGGCCAAAACAUCGGCCGUUACAUUUCCAGACAAAACCAUCUCAAUAUUAAUCAAAACAUUCAAACCCCACCGCCAUCAUCCUUCACCGCCGAGGAACAUUACAAGAAGUUACCAUUUGCAAUUGGGAAGACGGAGGAUGGUUGUGAUGUUUUCACCGGCAAGUGGGUGUGGGAUCCGGUGAACAGGCCGGCGUAUCGGGAACCGGAGUGUCCGUACAUACAGCCGCAGCUGACGUGUCAAGAGCACGGCCGGCUGGACCGGGAUUAUCAGUUUUGGAGAUGGCAACCCUAUGGUUGUUCAAUUCCGAGAUUCAAUGCGUCACUAAUGCUGGAAACAUUAAGAAACAAGAGGAUGAUGUUCGUUGGAGAUUCCUUAAACCGGGGCCAAUAUGUAUCAAUGGUGUGUCUUCUUCACUCACUCAUCCCUGAUCAUGCUAAAUCCAUGGAAACUUUUGGUUCUUUGACCGUUUUCACCGCCAAGGAUUACAAUGCGAGCAUUGAAUUCUAUUGGGCUCCAUUUCUGCUUGAAUCAAACUCUGAUGAUGCAGUCGUUCAUCGUAUAACUGAUAGAGUUGUACGAAAAGGUUCGAUUAACAAGCAUGGAAAGCACUGGGAAGGGGCCGACAUUAUCGUUUUCAAUACCUACUUAUGGUGGAUGACUGGUUCCGACUUCAAGAUCUUGCAUGGAUCGUUUGAUGAUGAGGUGAAAGAAAUAGUACAAGUGUCAACAGAAGAUGCUUAUAGAAUGGCUAUGAAGAGUAUGAUGAAAUGGGUAGAGAAGAAUAUGGAUCCUGAGAGAACAAGGGUCUUCUUCACUGGCAUGUCUCCAUCUCAUUUCAAGGGCAUCGAGUGGGGAGGAAGACCAGAUGAAAACUGUUACAACCAAACACUGCCAAUUGAAGAUCUAAACUAUUGGGGAUCGGAUAGCGAUAAAAGCAUAAUGAAAGUAAUCGGAGAUGUAUUCAAGAAACACAAGUUUCCCAUAACAUUUUUAAACAUCACACAACUCUCGCUAUACAGAAAAGACGCACACACUUCAAUCUUCAAGAAGCAAUGGAACCCUUUGACACCUGAACAAAUAGCCAAUCCUUACAGCUAUGCAGAUUGCACACAUUGGUGUUUGCCUGGACUUCAGGAUACAUGGAACCACCUAUUGUUUGUCAAACUCUUUUAUCCUUGAUAACCCAAUUGGGCUUUUAACAUUUUUUUAAAUUAUUUAAUUUUUUUUCAUAUACGAUUGAUGAUGAGAUUAUAAAAACCUCUAAAAACUAUUUUGCAGAUGAUUAAUUAACUUUUUACUUCAAAGCA